GGAGGGAAGCAAAGAUUCACCAGCUGUGAUCGGAGAUUGGGAUAACUUGGCCCGUGUUCACCGAGUUGAGGAGAACGAAAAGGGAUUUGACUUUAACCACAAACUUCUGAUAGGAAUAUACACAAAAUGCUGGAGGGUCUCGGCCCGAAAAGUUGACUGCUCAUCUCCCCCCAGAUGCAGCAUUUUGAGCGCGUAGACACCUCGCAUACGCAGGAGCUCGUCCGGUCUCAUUUCUGAACCGUUUGCAGGACUUCCCGGCUCAUCAUGGCAGAAGAGGGCAACUACCGUAUGAACAAUAUCUACAUUGACGACUACACAGCAGCACUGGACAUCUCCGGAGUCAUGUUCAACCCUGCCAGUGGUGCUGCAGACACGCCUCUACACACACCUGAUGGACCUUACCUUCAGAUUCUCGAGCAGCCCAAACAGAGAGGAUUUCGUUUCCGCUAUGGGUGUGAAGGCCCAUCACAUGGAGGACUACCUGGGGCUUCCAGUGAGAAAAACAAGAAGACCUAUCCUGCUGUUAAGAUCUGUAACUAUGUCGGGCACGCCAAGAUAGUGGUUCAGCUGGUGACCUCUGGUCGGGACACGGUUCACCUCCACGCUCACAGCCUGGUGGGCAAGCAGUGCGAGAAGGGGAUCUGUGUGGUGCAGGUUGGCCCCAAGGAGAUGACGACAACGUUCCCAAACCUUGGCAUCCUCCACGUGACCAAGAAGAAUGUGGCCAGCACCCUGGAGCAGAGGAUGAUGCAGGCCUACCUGAUGGGUUACAACAACGGUGUGGUGAUUCACCCGGAGCUCAACCACCGUCACAGCGAUGGCUACGGCCCGAUGGAGCUGACAGAGCGGGAGAAGGAGCUGAUCCACAGUGCGUCCAUCCAGCAGGCGAAGGAAAUGGAUCUGAGUGUGGUCCGCCUCAUGUUCACCGCCCUCCUGCCCGACAGCAGUUGCCGGUUCACCCGCAAGCUGGAGCCUGUCAUCUCCGACCCCAUCUAUGACAGCAAGGCACCGAACGCAUCGAACCUGAGGAUAGUACGGAUGGAUCGAACGGCUGGGUGUGUUAGCGGGGGCGAUGAGGUCUACCUGCUUUGUGAUAAAGUCCAGAAAGAUGACAUCCAAGUUCGCUUCUAUGAAGAGGAUGAAAAUGGAGGGAUUUGGGAAGCAUUUGGGAACUUUGGUCCAACAGAUGUUCAUCGACAGUUCGCUAUCGUCUUUAAAACUCCAAAGUACCGGGAUGUGGACAUUUCCAAGCCUGCCAGUGUGUUUGUCCAACUUCGCAGGAAAUCCGACAACGAGACAAGUGAACCAAAGCCCUUCACGUACUACCCGCUAAUUAAAGAUAAGGAGGAAGUACAGAGGAAACGACUGAAGCUUUUGCCAAAUUUCUCAGAUCACUUUGGAGGUGGAGCAGGGUCAGGUGGAGGACUUUACGGAGGAGGGGGUGGAGCCGGUGGGGGUUCCAAUUACUUCACAGGAUUUCAAGGAUACACCAACUUUGGAAAUUACGCUUACCCUCCAGGAACCACCAACUCCAGUCCGGGCAUGAAACAUGCCGCAGUGGAGCCUGGACAGUCCCUAUCAGAGAGCUCGCCGUCUCCCCGUGUUGGACACCCUCCAGAGGAGAGCUCCACAUCUUCCCACCAACCCACCACACAGCCUGGAGACACCUCGACAGAGGCCGACAUCACCUCCCCCAGACUGAACCAGCCGCCUCAGGACCCAAAUCUGUUGUUCCUGGAGAAAGCUCUGGACUUGGCGGAGAGGCAUGCGAGAGCCCUACUGGACUACUCGAUGUCGGGAGACACCAGGAUGUUGCUGGCGGUGCAGCGUCACCUCACUGCUGCCCAGGACCAGAACGGAGACGCGGCACUACAUCUAGCAAUCAUUCACCUCCAGCCAGCUGUGGUGCAACACCUUCUGCAUGUUAUCGUCAGCCUCCCUGGCCAGGACAUCAUCAACAUGAGAAACGAUCUCUAUCAGACUCCGCUGCACCUGGCUGUUAUAACCGGGCAGGCGGAGGUGGUGGAGCUGUUGCUGCAGGCCGGGGCUGAUCCCACCCUGCUGGACUGCCACAGCAACUCUGUUCUUCACCUGGCCGCAGAGCAGGGGGAUGUCAAGGUGCUCAGUGUGCUGCUGAGAGGAAAGAACAAGGCUGUGAUGGAUCUUCUACCCCUUCCAAACAACGCAGGGUUCAGUGCCAUCCACCUGGCAGUGUUGGCCAACAGCCUGUCUGCCCUGAGGCAGCUGCUGGCAGCUGGAGUGGAUGUGAACACCCCGGAACAGCGCUCGGGGCGCACCGCACUGCACCUUUCCGUCGAACAGGAGAGCAUCUCGCUGGUCGGAAACCUUCUCCUUGAGGCGAGUACAGAUGUUGAUGCAACCACAUUUGAUGGAUCGACCGCUCUUCACAUAGCUGCGGGGAGAGGCGCAACCAAACUUUGUGCCUUAUUGAUGGCAGCGGGUGCAGACCCACUAAUUGAGAACCAUGAACCGCUGGAUGACAGAAGUGAUGAACACCUCGAAGAUGCCGAUGACGAAGGAAUCUUCCGUGGAACCACACCUCUGGACAUGUCGGCCACAGAGGAGGUUUAUGACAUCCUAACAGGCAAACCGUACCAAUCCAAAGCUGAGUCUGUUGCUCCUUUCCCACAAGGUGACCUAGGACAACUGGACAUAGAAACGAGGCUGGAGUUGUGCAAACUACUGGAAGUGACUGAACCAGGCCUGAACUGGAUGACUCUAGCACAGAAACUGGGUCUUGGUAUCUUGAUUAAUGUCUUUAAACUCAGCCAUUCUCCUGCAAAAUCCCUGCUGGAUAACUACGAGGUAUCUGGUGGUACACAGUUGGAGAUUCUGGAAUCACUGAAGACCAUGGGUUACAGAGAAGCAGUGGCAGUACUUGGUAAAGCAAUGGCCAAAUCAGCAACCACAAAAGUGAAUGAAGAGUUGAAUUCAUCAUCCCUUGCUGAGCAAAACACUUUACAGGUUGACGCCAAGUCCCAGGACUGUGACAGCGUGUACGACAGCGGUGUGGAAACCUCAUUUAGGAAACUCAGCCAUCUGACAUCGGAGUCUUUCAACAACGAAACUUCUUUGAAAAUGUGAGCCCUGACAAGUGGCCAACAAGCUAAUCUCCACCAAUUACCUGAACUUACUGGAAUGAGAGAAAUUCUAUUCAAACCCAGACCGUCACUGUGGUUUCAGUUUGAUUAUUGCCUUAAGGCAUAAUUAUUUUAAAUAUCUGAAAGCCAGUGCUUCAAAUUAAUUAAGUUCUCAAAACUAUGGAAUAUACCCGGCACACUCAGCUUUAUUAUUAUUUUUAUUUUAAAAUAUGUUCAGGCCAACAUAUUACUGAGGCUGCCAAUAUUUCCAUCCUACAACCUGGGUGCAGAAGGCAGUCUGUCAUUCCCAGUGCAGUACUGAGGGUGUACCAAGGUGUUGGCAGAUGCACAAGUUUCUGGGGUACUGUUGCAGAGAUCAGAGGAGACUUUCUCAGUCUCCUGCCAAGAUCUAAAACAGACAAUGUGGUCGCUAUCACAGCACUGUUUCUGGGAUCUUGCUGUGCAUGCUUUGACCGCAGUAGUUCCUGUAUUACAACAGUGUCUGUUUCAGAAACGUCAUUGGCUCUAGAGCCGGGGUUGGCAACCUCUCUUUUUUUGCCAUAGGCCCCUACCAUUAACUGAGGGGUCCGUGGACCCUGGGUUGGGAACCUCUGCUCUGGAUUUUGUGAGAGCACUGUACACAGAUCUGCUAAACAAAGUCUCGCCUUUGGGUCUCUCCUCCGUCACCUUCCUUGGAGCUGUUUAUUUCUGCUAAGAACUAGUGUGUAUUGGGGGUUCUGGAUUCUUGAUGAGCCAAACUGCAGAUUGUCUUUAUAAAGAACUGGAGUUUUCAUACAGGAGCAGCUCACCAUUAAUCAUUUACACAUUCCAAACUGAUCCUGUAAAUACUGCCAGCAGCAGGAGUUCCAAAAUUUAUAUUUUUGCUUGAAAUAGGUACUUUGAAAUGAUAAGCUUUUUUUAAAUAAACAAUUAAAACCAAUCAAUGACUAUAGC